AUGUCGUCCCGCUCUGCCUGGCGAGCCUUGCACUACAGCGCGAAGAGGCGUGCUUUUCAGUCGCCGGCGCCCUACCGGUGUUUCUCGUGCGCGCGCCGCGCCCAGGAACAGCCCAAAUCCGAGCAUGAACGCAUGACGCAUUUCGGGUUCAGCAAUGUGCCCGAGUCGGAGAAGGAGUCGCGUGUGGGCGCGGUAUUCAGCUCCGUCGCAGCAUCCUACGACCGCAUGAACGACCUGAUGUCACUGGGCGUGCACCGGCUGUGGAAAGACCACUUCGUGCGCUCACUGAACCCGGGAUCCGCACUGCCCGCCCGCGACUGCGACACGCCCAACCAGCAGGGAGGCGGCUGGACGAUCCUCGACAUCGCCGGCGGGACCGGCGACAUCGCGUUCCGCAUGCUCGACCACGCAACAAACAUCAACCACGACCUCGAAACGCGCGUGACAAUCAGCGACAUCAACGGCGACAUGCUCGCCGAGGGCCGCAAGCGGUCGCUCGACACGCCGUACUACAACACGCGGCGGCUGUCUUUUGUCGAGGCCAACGCCGAGCACAUGCCGCACAUCGCGUCCGAGUCUGUCGACCUCUACACCGUCGUCUUUGGCAUCCGCAACUUCACCGAUAAGCAGGCCGCCCUCAACGAGGCCUUCCGCGUGCUCAAGCCCGGCGGUGUCUUUGCCUGCAUGGAGUUUAGUAAGGUCGAUAACCCGCUCUUCGAUGCCGUCUACAAGCGCUGGAAUUUCAGUGCCAUCCCCCUUAUUGGCCAGGUCGUUGCGGGCGACCGUGAUAGUUAUCAGUAUCUGGUUGAGAGUAUUGAGCGGUUUCCGAGCCAGGAGGAGUUUCGGGAUAUGAUUCAGACCGCUGGGUUUAUGAUUCCUGGGCGUGGCUUUGAGAAUCUUACUGGGGGUAUUGCUGCCAUCCAUAAGGGAAUCAAGCCUAUUGUUAAGGCUUGA